AUGUUAGCAUUCAAUAAUCACUGUCAUCCGGUUAUAUCACAAUCACCGAAGAAUAAGAGAAAGAAUGUUUAUCUGGUCAGCACAGAAGAAAAGAGAAUACUGCUCAAUGAUCCAGAUGUAUUGGUUAAUCGGCUGAACCGAGUUGAAAAUAUCGUGGCGAUACUUAAUGCUACAGUUAAACAGUUAACUACUGAAAACCAACAACAGACAGUAACAAAUCAGCAGCAAGAGAAAAUUAUUCAGCAACAACAGACUUCAAUCCAACAACAACAGGCAUUGAUCAACCAAUUCGAGAAGACUAUUAAACAAGUACAAGGAUCAGUAAGCAGCACUCAAAGUUAUGCUGGUGGUGGCCAGUAUAGUGAAUCAGGCAGCGCUUCUGAAUACGUUUGUUUACCACCUGAUCCAAAUUAUGAAAAGACCAGUGGAUCAGAUCAUGGACGAAUGUACGGUGCAGAAUUUAACUCCAACUUUUUUGCUUCCAAUGCUGACGAUGAGGAUGUCCCUUGUGCUCUCUGUAGAACGACUCAAGCUACGUCUGUUAUAAUGAUUCCUGGAAAGAAUACAUGUUACAGUGGCUGGAAGAUGGAAUUUCAUGGAUAUUUAGCUUCUGGAUAUUAUGGGGAUGCAUCUGCUACUGCUUACGUUUGUGUUGACAUACAGCCAGAGUAUAUUAUCGGAGGUGUUGAUCAACAUCUUGGUAAACUCUUAUAUAACGUUGUAACGAAAUGCGGAUCUCUGAAAUGUCCACCAUACAUUAACAAUUACCCACUAACAUGCGUCGUUUGUUCAAAAUAA